AUGGCUGAUUGCGAAAGAGCGGAUAGCUUGCUGAAUCUGGACUCGCUGAGAAAGAGUUUGGUCCGACAGGAAGAUUCUAUCGUCUUCUGUCUGAUUGAGAGGUCAAAAUACCCCAUCAAUUCAGGGCUUUACGAUGAUAAGUAUUCAGACAGAUUUUCGUCUUCUCUGUUAGAAUUCUUUAUUAAGGAAUCCGAAGCUCUUCAGGCAAAGGCUGGCCGUUAUACUUCCGAGGAAGAGAAUGCGUUUUUCCCCGACAAUUUACCAUCUCCAAUACUUCCAUCACAUGAUCAUACACCGGUUCUGCAUCCUCAAGGAGCUUCCAUUAACAUAAAUGAUAAGAUACUGAACGAACUGUACCUCAAGAAUUUACUUCCUCUAAUUGCCGGCGAGGGUAGUGAUGGGAAUUACGCACCCACCGCCGCCAGUGAUCUAAAUUGUUUGCAGGCUCUCUCCAAAAGGAUUCAUUUGGGAAAAUUCGUGGCCGAGGUUAAAUUCAGAGAUGCACCUGACGAUUAUAUCCCUGCAAUACGUGCUAAGGUAUAA